AUGACUACAGCCAAGAGAAUAAGGGUCCACAAGGAACCAUUAGGAACCGUCAGGAGCAAUCAGGAACCAGUAGUAACCUUGAGGAACCAUCAGGAAACAGUAGAAGCCACAGGAUCCGAGGAUCCAGGAGCAGCUUUUCCCGAUACAGCGACAUUACCGCGAACGACAUUACCGCGAACGACGUUACCGCGAACACAAGAAACGACAUUACCGCGAAUAUAG